UUCGUCCGGCUGUGGGCAACAUAUAAAAUUCAGGCAGCGGGAGUGGCAAAAACGGCGCUGGCACAUUUGCUUCUCUUUCAUGGUUACUGCAAGAAAACACAGUUCUCAUCAGCUGGAUCUCUUUACAAAGAGAAUAUUCUUUUGCAUUCUUUCUAUCUCACCAGUUUCCACCCUGCAGCUUGAAAAUUUAAACGAUUUUUUCUUUUGAAAAGGAGAGUCAGAGAUGGCUUGUGUUAAUUCUGGAUUUCUCUUACUGAAACACCCAUGAGUAAUCGCGUUUGCCCACACACACACACAUCACCAUCCACCUGAAAUGUCAAGCCGCAGAUUUAUGUCUGUGUUUAACCCGGAAAUGUAUGAAGAACAUGGAUAACUAUUGCUGAAUCUUUUUUGACUAACUCAGAUUUCAUAGAUUGGCGCAUUAAAAUCAUUCAAUGAGUGUUGGCCAUCACCCUUCUACGAAAUUUUGACUUGGCACCAAAAGAAGGAAAGUUGAUGUCCAAUGGAAGAAUUCCAAGGUCUACAUGUACCAGCUGGUGUUCCUGAACCUGCUUCUUCUCACGGCAAUGUAAGGCUUAAUUUAGAUGGGUAUGGUAAUCGUGGGUCUGGCUUUCCAGGCCUAAAGAAGAGAGGUCAUGGUCAUGGAAAUCGUUCAUGGAUAAAGAUUGAUCAGGAUGGGAACUCAAAGAUUUUGGAGCUUGACAAGGCCACCAUAAUGAGACAUUGUUCUCUGCCUUCCAGGGAUCUGCGCCUUUUGGACCCUCUUUUUAUUUAUCCCUCUACAAUCUUAGGUCGGGAGAAGGCUAUUGUGGUCAGUCUUGAACAGAUUAGAUGUAUAAUCACAGCGGAUGAGGUUAUCCUGAUGAAUUCCCUGGAUGGAUGUGUUGUCCAGUACAUGUCAGAAUUCUGCAAACGUCUUCAGACAAAUCGAGAACAAGCAGAGGACUUGCCAUUUGAAUUCAGAGCUCUGGAAUUGGCUUUGGAUCUAACUUGCAUGUCUCUUGAUGCUCAGUUCCAGAAACUAUGUGGGUUAAGAGUGGGCAGCCAUUUAACAAUAGCUUUAUGUGUGAUGGAAUUCUUGGGCUGCAAUUCAGACUGGUCGCUUUACGUAAAUGUUCUAAUGCUCAAGAUCAUUUCUCAGAACACCUCUCUCCCUGGAAUUCGCUUUGGCAAACCAGUGGUAAAAGAACUGGGAUUGGAGGUAUAUCCGGUAUUGGAUGAACUAGCAACAUCUAUUAAUACUCAUAAUCUGGAACGUGUCCGUAGACUCAAGGGCCACCUCCUUGCAUUGACCCAGCGAGUUCAGAGGGUCCACGAUGAGAUAGAACAUCUCAUGGAUGAUGAUGGUGACAUGGCUGAGAUGUAUCUGACGGAGAAAAGACAGAGAUCAGAAGCUUAUGCUCUAGGUGAUAUGUAUUUUCAAAAUGAUAUCCCAAGUGAGGGCAGAGUGGUUUCAAAAUCUGCACCUGUUUCGCCAGUAAGGUCACUUAGUGGAGCCCAGAAAUUGCAGAGAGCAUUUAGCAAUAUAAGUCCAAGUAAACAUGGAAGCUUGAUGAGUUCAUCCAGUAAUGGCGAGAAUAUUGACCAACUUGAAAUGUUACUUGAAGCAUACUUUGCUGCUAUCGACAACACUCUUAGCAAGUUGUUCUCGCUCAAAGAAUACAUAGAUGACACGGAAGAUCUGAUCAACAUUAAACUGGGCAAUGUCCAGAACCAACUGAUUCAAUUCGAGUUGCUUCUUACUGCUGCUACCUUUGUGACUACAAUAUUUGCUGUUGUGACAGGAAUAUUUGGGAUGAACUUUGUAGCCUCAAUUUUUGAUUACCCGAAUGCAUUUAAUUGGGUUCUGAUUAUAACUGGUCUUGCAUGUGUAUUCUUGUAUUUGUGUUUCUUGUUUUAUUUUAGAUACAAGAAGGUCUUUCCAUUAUAAACUUUAGUUUAUAGCACAAGCUGCUCCAAUGGAGACAAACACUUGAUUUCUUUCAUAGAAACCCAUGAUUCAAUUUGAUUUUCUUCUCA